CUUGGGUCAGGCAAGCACUCUUCACGGCAAAAGGAAAUUUUAUGACAGCGCUUCCUGCAUUGCUUGGGUCGACAGUGUUGCGACGGUAACAGCGAUAAAUUCGCUUAGCAGUCACAUCUGUCCAGAAUGUAAAGAAGUCAGGGAUUAUCCAUGGUGAAACAGCUCCGUAAAAUGAACUUUUUGCGUAAUCGUCUGGUCGUAUUGGGCCUGGUGUUGUUAGCUACUUUGCUGCUGUACCUGCUGCUACCGGCCAUUCGUCAGGGCAGCAUGGAGCCGUCUCUGGAGGUUCAAAGGAUGGGGCUAUCAGUGGCCUCACCUCCACCUCCUCCGACCAUUAACGUCACAGUCCGUACCGGACAGCUCCCCGGAGAUCCGCCUCUGUUUUUCAGGGAGGCCCUGCCUAUCGAUGGUGCAGGGAGGCAGAUACUACCCAGACUGCAGGUGGUUCUUCUGCAUGGCCAGGCGUUCACCUCUAAAACCUGGGAGGACCUCGGGACUCUGGCUCUGCUGGCCACCAACGGAUACCAGGCCCUUGCACUGGACCUGCCAGGAUUUGGUAACACCCCAGACUCGGAUGCGUUGAAGACGGAUCAAAACCGGGUGGACCUGCUACUUCGGUUCCUGGAGGCGCUGGGUGUGCGGACCCCAGUGCUGCUCAGCCCCUCCAUGAGCGGACACUUCUCCCUGCCCUUCCUCAUUAAACACGGGGCCCAGCUGCGUGGCUUCAUCCCCAUCGCCCCUGUGGGAACCAGGAACUACACACCCCAGCAGUACCAGGCUAUCCAGACUCCAACUCUAAUUGUGUAUGGAGAGCAGGACAUUAACCUGGGGGCUCAAUCCUACAAGAACCUGAGUCAGCUGCCCCGACAUGCCGCCAUCCGGCUCGCCGGCGCGCGACACGCCUGCUACAUGGACAAGCCCCGGGAGUUUCACCAGGCCCUGCUAGACUUCCUCAGCAAGCUGGAGUAAGACCAGGAGAAGAAGAGCUAGGGGGAGGAAUAGGACAAGAAGGAGGUGGGAAAAGUGGAGGAGGAAUUAGAGAAGGGGGUUAUUGUAUUUAGCACGAGAAAAUCCAAUCUAUUUUUAGAUUUGUGCCGUACCCCUGUGAAUUAAGGAAGUCUUUUCUACUAGAGAAGGAAGCUGAAUGACGGUGGAAGGGGAGAUCUUUCAUUCUGCUGGUUUAAAUGUGCUGCCAUCAGCCGCUUUGCCACAUGUGACUCCUUGAGCUAGAGACUAUUAAGAAGUCAGCUGACUUGGAGGUUAGUUCCCUUGACCUGUCUUCCCAGACCUUGGGAUGUGGUCUUUGGGUAACAAAUCACUGUUACCCUCUCGUUACAUGGGGAAAUGUCCUCAAGCCAUUUAUUUGUCAUGUUUUAUUCUGCUUAACAGGUUACCUUGCAGUGGUACAGAAGUUGCUGUAGUAUUCUAACAUUUGAGACAUUGAAGGUACUCUGGGUAAAUAGUCAUCAUAGCUAUGCCAGUUUCCAAAGUGCGUGUUCAGUACAGUUUUAGUCAUGGCUGUAAAAUACAUUUACUCUGUCUCUGAUAUUUAUCAUUUAAAAUAUGUUAAAUAUUUGCUGAAUGUCAAGUUCAAAUCUGAGGAUUCUUCUCAGUAGCCUCAGUGAAUUAUCAUUUUGCCACUAAUAAUGUUAUGAUUUUGUGACUGCUAUUUAUUUUUAUUUAAAUUUCUGUAUUUAUUUUCUAUGAAGUUGUAUGUAUUAUAGAGGUUUAACUGUAUAUGGCUUAAUAUAUGCUGUAAUAAUAACAGGUAAUAUUUGUUUUGUUUUUAUAACUGUCAUUAUUGUUUUAAAUAUUUUUGUAAAUGUAAAAAUUAUAAAUAGGAAAUGUUCUUGAGUAUGAGUUCGCCGUUUUCAGUGAAUGACUCCGUAAGCUACAGCAGACUGCAGAAAAGCAUCAAUUUAGGCACUCGCUUUUUAUCUGACAAAUUCUUUUGAAAAAUAUUGAUGAAAAGUUGCAGAAACAUUGCUGAAAUUUGUUCAUCAUCAGUAGUGAAUAUCUCCAAUAUAAGUGGGUGUUUCAAUGGUUACAAUAAAGAAAAAAAUAAGGUUC